GUUGAAAGUAAAUUAAAAAAGUCACCAUCUCUAUCGAAUGGGUCUCCUUCCCGUCGUCGGAAUUACUUCGCCGGCGCUCAUCACCCGCAAGCGUCACGCCAAUCCAAAGAUACAGAGACUUAACCAAUCUACCUCUGAAAACACUGUCUCAUGGACUUCUCGCAUCACUCUCCUCACACGCAAUGGUCGAUUAGCAGAGGCAGCGAAGGAAUUCUCCGAUAUGAGACUCGCCGGCGUCGAGCCUAACCACAUCACUUUCAUUGCUAUACUCUCCGGGUGUGGUGAUUUUCCCUCCGGAAGUGAAGCCUUGGGCGAUUUGCUUCAUGGGUAUGCUUGUAAACUUGGUCUUGAUAGAAACCAUGUCAUGGUUGGCACUGCAAUUAUCGGCAUGUACUCCAAACGCGGUCGUGUUAAGAAGGCUAGAUGUGUUUUUGAUUACAUGGAAGAUAAAAAUUCGGUUACUUGGAAUACAAUGAUCGAUGGGUACAUGAGAAGUGGUCAAGUCGAUAACGCUGCUAAGAUGUUCGACAAAAUGCCUGAACGAGACUUGAUUUCUUGGACAGCUAUGAUAAAUGGGUUUGUUAAUAAAGGUUUUCACGAGGAAGCUUUGGCAUGGUUCCGUGAGAUGCAGAUUUCUGGAGUGAAACCAGAUUACGUUGCUAUUAUUGCUGCUCUUAACGCUUGCACAAACCUUGGUGCUCUCUCGUUUGGAUUAUGGGUACAUCGUUAUGUUAUGAGUCAGGAUUUCAAGAACAAUGUCAGGGUGAGUAAUUCACUGAUUGAUUUGUAUUGUCGAUGCGGGUGUGUGGAGUUUGCUCGACAAGUUUUUGAUAAAAUGGAGAAACGAACUGUAGUUUCGUGGAAUUCAGUCAUUGUUGGUUUUGCUGCUAAUGGAAAUGCACAUGAAUCUUUAGUCUACUUCAGGAAAAUGCAAGAAGAAAGGUUUAAACCUGACGCAGUCACUUUCACCGGGGCGCUAACCGCAUGUAGCCAUGUAGGUCUAGUUGAAGAAGGUCUUCGAUAUUUCCAAAUUAUGAUAAGUGAUUACAGAAUCUCGCCUCGAAUUGAGCAUUAUGGAUGCUUAGUGGAUUUGUAUAGUCGGGCUGGGCGAUUGGAAGACGCUUUGAAGUUGGUACAGAGCAUGCCAAUGAAGCCAAAUGAAGUUGUGAUUGGAUCGUUGCUUGCAGCUUGCAGAAAUCAUGGGAACAACACUGUCUUAGCAGAGAAGCUGAUGAAGCAUCUUACUGACCUGAAUGUCAAAAGCCAUUCAAAUUAUGUGAUUCUCUCGAAUAUGUAUGCGGCUGAUGGAAAAUGGGAAGGAGCAAGUAAGAUGAGAAGGAAGAUGAAGGGUCUCGGUCUAAAAAAGCAGCCUGGGUUUAGUUCGAUAGAGAUUGAUGAUUGCACGCAUGUGUUCAUGGCUGGUGACAGUGCCCAUGUUGAGACCACUAAUAUCUGCGAAGUCCUCAAGCUUAUUUCUUCUAAUUUGCGAUUACAGGGCUGUGUAGUUGAAACCCUUCCUGGUGAUCUCCUCAAUGCUUGAAAUCCAGGAACUUACACAUCCCAAUUUUUGCUCAAGUCCUGAGCUUGAUAUUAUACAUGUGAAAACUGAUUCAAAGUAAGUGACGGUGCAUCCAUUAGCUAAAAAUGGCUGACCACAAAGAAGCCUUAUCGUGGUCUUCGAGAUGAUGAAUUCUAGAAUAAACCUCACUACAUAACCAUUAUUGCUUGCACAGACCUUUUUACCAGGCCCUACCAGUAAGUAGAUUGAAAAAAGAUCUGGGUGUACAUCGCUAUAUAAAACCUAAUGAAUAGAGGCCACACAAUGAUAUGGUGCUCUCGUGCUUUGAUAAGCUUUGAAUCCAAGCUAUCUUACCUCGGUGGCCGUCUCCGCAUGCCAAUAAGGUAACUUGAAUCCAUGUGCAUUCUUCUAUGUCUGGUCAUGUUAUGGUGAAGUUAUUGCUGGUUACUGUCAAGUUAGUAAACAGUUAAAUAACUCUCACAUUUUGCAAAACUUUGGUGUUCUGUUUGCGUGGAUUUUGUGAUACCUUGGGCAUCUUCUAGCAUUUGUUUACCUAGCAGUGAUCGUAGCACAGGGUUGAUACAGCAAAAGAUAUAGGCAAUACACCAUCUACAAGACCUGCUACCGUGAGUGUAAAUAUUCUCCAACAAUUUCCUUGUUAAUGCAUUUUCUAAAGAUAGUGAUGUUCUAGCUACAUCCGGUAUUGUUACUGUUGUAUCAUAAAUGUUAAAUUAUCUUUGACGAUUA